AUGAUGGAACAAGCAUGGCGCGAUCAGUUCCAGGCCGGUUAUUGGUCCUCGGAACCUGCUUCAUGGGUUCCUGGUCUCCCAGCUGUGUCCACCGAGAUGUCGUCAUGUUUCCAAACACUUGUACAACCUAGCACUAGCACUAGUAGUUCUAGCGGAGGGCAGCUGCAGCAGGAGCUGGUUGAGUAUGCCGCUGCAGCCACACCCAACUACGGGAGCCCCAUUGUUGUGUUUGAGAAAUCAGCACGAGCGUUCGGCGACGACAUCGACAUGAUACUAACGAAGAUCCACAUGUACCCUCGAAGCAUAGUGGAUCUCGACGAUCGGUACACCGUCCCUCUGACCAUCGCCAUCGGCCCGUACCACCACUACCGAUGCCACCUGCAGCCCGCGGAGAAGGCUAAGCAUCUGGCUGCAUACCGCUGCAUCAAGCUCUCGCGCCGCCCCGUCCAGGAGCUGUACGAUGCGGUGGUCUCCGUCGCACACGUUGUGCGCCUUCUCUACCACAAGGAAGCGAUGGCAGGUAUCGUCGACGACGACUUCUGGCCUAUGAUGUUCUAUGAUGCUUGCUUCUUGGUGCAGUAUAUGUUAUGGUAUGUCGACGAAGACGAGAUGGAUACCUGGCUGCUCAGCUUUUUCAAAUCCAACCAGCUAGAUAUCGACAACGACAUCCUGCUGCUGGAGAACCAGCUUCCUUGGCCGGUGGUUGAUACCCUCGUUGAUUUAGUUCGCCCGGGGCUCGUCAAGGAGUUCAUUGUUUGCAUCAGAGUCGGUUUCCAAAGCACCAAGGAGGAAUUUGAAGGCCAAGAUUUUGCGUGGGAUGGUUACACGCCGCCGCAUCUCCUUGGCCUUUACCGCUACUACAUGGUAAAAGGAAGCGGAGUAUAUAAGCCCGCCUCAGCCAAUAAACUCAAGAAAUUAAUUGGCACUUCUUUCACUGCCACAAAGCUCGCGGAGAUGGGCGUCAAGAUAACACCCAGCAAAACAGAAGGGUACAUGGACUUGGCCGUCCCAACAGGUCCCAUCCACGGCAAGCUUUGCCUGCCGCCGAUGUACCUGAACGAGACGGCUGCUGCCAGGCUCGUCAACAUGGCGGCGUUCGAGCUAUGCACUAACCCAGAUUUCUUUGACGACAGUGGGGAGGAUGAAUAUACAUACUAUCAGAAUUCUGCGGUAUGCUCAUACCUCCUCCUCCUUGCCAUGUUUGUGGAACGUGAAGAGGACGUGCAGGAGCUGCGAGCCAGGGAUCUUCUGACAACAGGAGAUGGAGUCGGGCUCACCAACAAGGAGGCGCUCCAAUUCUUCACCACUGUUGGCAAACACCUGCGCAAAGGGCCCUGCUACUGGGAUGUGAUGAUAAAACUUUCCAUGUAUGAUAAAGGAAGGCCGGUUCGGGUCAACGCGCACAAGUUUUUCUUCAAUCACUGGGGAAAAAUCGUCACCGUGGUCACCACCAUUGCUGGAGCCCUCGGCCUCUUUGGGACGCUCGUGUCUCUCAAGAAAGGCUAG